AUGGGGAAUCCUAGCCUUCCUAUAGCUGUUCCCCGUACCUCGAAUACCAGCAUCACAUCUUCCCUGGCCAAUUCCAACGUCACUACGGACUCCAUCGACGCUCUAUUUGGCAUCGGCCGAAAAGGCCCCGAUCCGUCCGCAACAGCUGGCAAUGCUAUGGACGCGAUUGCCAAUCAUCCGAUGGGAACGUCUGACAACAGUGCGACAAGUCCUGUGAACAACGUCCUUGGUUCAAAAAGUACAAACACUGCGUCGACUCUGGCAGGGGAUGAGGCCCUAGGAAGGGCAGGAGUAUCGGACCUGACUCCUCCAACAUCAAGUGGCCCACCGGUGUACAAAGCUCGCAGAACGCCAUCCGACUCUGCUUGGCACAGAGAGGGACGGAGCAACGCAGAGUUGGCGCGCCAGAUCAAGCCCGAGGUACCAAACUGCGUCGGUGCUUUGACGUCAGCUGCGAUUGCUUCCGCUCUCGCACCUCUACACAUUCCCGCAGGUGCUGUCUCGCCAACGCUGUCGGUUUCGUCUGCCUCGAGUUCAAUGUUCGUGACAAAGUACCCUGAGAUAAUCGAGUCGGAACGUGAAGAAAAUGGCUCGGCAGUUGGUAGCAUCGGCAGCAACACAAACAACAACAAAAAGAACGAUCCCAGUGAGCGAAACAAUGGUGCUGUCGGAGCCGCUCGGGAUGCCAGUGUGGGCUCCACGGCAAAAAGCCAAGGCAGUGGCUUUAGCAAGGUUCCGGACCAAUUCAUCCUGCCGGACUAUUUGAGAAUAAAACAGGACGGUCCGCUAGGUAGCCCGGGCCACAAAGCAAAUGCUUCGGAGUCUGGAAUCAACCAAGGCAAGAAGCACGCCCGAAGCUCAAGCACCGGCGCCGAUGACGACCCGCCGGGUGGAAUUCUAGAGCGGCCUCGGAAGCGUGUAUCGUUCGGGUCGGUUAGUUACACCAACCCGGAGCAUCAGCCGCUGUCCCCGGCUCAGAGUGCUCAAACAAAGCGGAAAUCAUCUCUGUUCACGUCAGCCGCCCCAGCAGCACAAUCUACACCAAAAAAGGCGCCAGCGCUGCCCGCUCAGGAUCCUCCUCCUACACGGCGUGCAAGCGAGCCGUCGCCGUCCAAGACACUUGGUGGCUCUGCCAGUCUACCCUCCAAGGCUUCACCGACUCCGAUCAAAGUAAAUGACGGCAGCGAUAAACUUGCAAACAGACCAGUGGCCAAGCGUGAGGCUCCAGCCAGUGAGGUGGUUCCGGACAAGGUGCCUAGAACUGCUGUGGUACACUCACCGACCAAGUUUCAUAGACUGUUCACCGGACAAUCUCCGAUAAAGUCCCGGGCGGCAGUGGCCAAAGUUUUGGCUGCGCCUGUGAAAUAUCAAGUGGUACCGCCGAAACCCCAGGCCGCACCAGCGAAGCCACCGUGCGGCCCGACUCAUCCCCCGCCGUCGCUACCACCCAAGCCACCAGUGGCCCAGAUCAAAACGCAGCCCACCCCGGCUAUGUCACAGAAGCCUCCAAGAAAAGAUGUGCCGGCAAAGCCCGAGGCAAUUCCAGCCAAGAAACAGACAUCACCGGUCAAGACUCUAUCAUCGCCGACCAAAAAGGUCCUGCAAAGCAAGAAUGCAGUGCCGGCCAAGGCUGGCGAUGCGAUGCCAGCCCCAGUAGUAUCUAAGCCUCGCGUGCAGAAGAACAACGAUACCAGGCCUGUUCUAAGUGACCUGAGCCUCCGCGAGCCGGCCACGCCUCAGCCUCAGAAUCCGGCCUCUUCCGAGGUUAGUGAGGCAGAACGCCGUGCCGAGCAAGCGCAGGCGGUUAUCGAGUUCAUCAAAGCUCAGACGGCGGCACAGCUGGGCUGCCUACAGCCUCUCCUCAAGUCAGGUGGCGCGGACAAUAACAUGCUCCAGUGCAACCUUGAGAUGAUUAGAGCGCAGCUGGAUGCGCUGGGCUAUGCAUCGCGUGCAGCUCUGGAUAGGAUCCAAGCACGGAAGCACGAGCGACGCAAAGAGAACGAGGCUGUUGCGGGAGCCUGA